AUGGUUGGGGAGACAGCAAGUGCUCUGAUAGGGGUGAUGAACCCCCUCCUCGGCAGGCUCGGCAGCAUGUUGGAGAGGGAGGAUGCCAACAUCCAAGGUGUGCAUCGGCAGAUCCUCUUUCUGCGGGAUGAACUAAGCAGCAUGACCACCGCCCUGGAGAUGGUGUCGGAGUCGGAGGAAGCAAAGUCGCAAGUAAAGGAGUGGAUGGGCCAGUUGAGGGAGCUAUCCUAUGAUGUUGAGGAUUGCAUUGACAUCUUCAUGCACCACCUUGGCCGUGCUGCAACCUGCAAUGGGUUCAUCCAGAAGAUCAUAAGCAAGGUCAUCACUCUGAAAGCACAUUAUCAUAUCAGUAUUCAGAUUAAUGAGCUGAAGGAACGUGUGAUAGAGGUUAAUGAUCGGCGCAAAAGGUAUAAGAUUGAUCCAUCCACUUUACUCCCAAAGUCCGUGGCAAUUGAUCCCAGGUUACCUGCGCUCUUUGAGGAGGCAGAUAGACUUGUGGGUAUAGAUGGCCAAAUGGACAAACUUGUCCAAUGGCUCACCAAUAGCAUUAGUUCGCACACACAGCGUAUGGUUGUUUCAAUUGUUGGAUUUGGGGGAUUAGGCAAGACAACACUUGCUAAUCAGGUCUUCCAGAAGUUUCUUAAGAGUAGCCCGAUUGCAGAAGAUCAAACUCAAGACAUUGCAAGGGUGCAGGAAAAUCUUUAUCUCAAAACAAGUGAAUAUCCACAGCUUGUGAAAAUGAGUAGGGACUAUCUUCAUAAUAAAAGGGACAGAGGUCUCCGCCUCAAGGAAAAUUCGAGUUUCUGGCUCAGCUCCUUUCUCUUUGUGUAA